AAUAAAAUUGCAAUCGCAAUGAAAAUGUCAAAAGUAAUUUGAAAUUAUGUUUGAUAACAGAUUACUGUAUAGUUUUCUUGAUACAAGAAAUGUGGCAAAGGCAAUAAUGUUCAGAUUUAUAUUAAUUUUAGGUAUUACGUAUGUAUAUACAUAUGCAGUUAAAUCAGUAUGUAUCGGUCGAAACGGUUGUGGGCCAGUUACAACUUCUACUACAAAGGAUUUGUUCUCAAAAAUUGGGGUACGAGAAACAAUUUUAGGGCGGUUCUUGCCACCCACCAACAAUCCUUUGUACGAAAAUUGUAAAUGCUCCAGCGUUUACAAUCCCGUUUGCGGAACAAAUAAUCAGUCGUAUUACAACCCUUGUUAUUUAACGUGCGGUCUUUCAAAUGUAUCUGUAGAAAUCAAACAUUUCGGCAAAUGUUUGCCGUUCUAA